CUCUCUCUCGCUCUCGUUGUCUUUGAUGAACCCUUUUACCUCAUUCUCACUCUUGAGAAAUCUUAAAUCCCGAGAAACCCAUUUCAUUUCCAUCUUCUAUUUCUAGGAAAAUCUCAUCUUUUCGGUCUUCUCAAUAAACCGAGAUCCACGAAACCCGCAUUUCCUCUCGCAAAUCGAUUAAAAAUUUCUACUUUUUAUCGGUUUGAAUCUCGAGAAUUCCAAAGUUUCAGAGACCCACGAGUAUCCAUAGUCGAAGUGGCUCUUGACAAUGGAAGCAGAAACGUCUUGGACUAAUUACCCGUACAGCUACAUUACUUAUGUCCCUGAAGCUGAAUCAUACCGUGAGCAGAGCGAUGAUGAAGCCAAAGUUGAAACCUUUUCAAUGGAUUCUCUUCUCCCUGACGAUUUAUUAGAACGAAUCCUCUCGUUUCUACCCAUUGCAAGCAUCUUCAGAGCUGGUACUGUCUGCAAAAGAUGGAACGAGAUUGUAUCUUCUCGGAGGUUCUUAUGUAAUUUCUCCAACAAUUCUGUUUCUCAAAGGCCUUGGUACUUCAUGUUCACUAGCACGGAUGAUCCAUCGGGUUAUGCUUAUGACCCGAUUAUCCGGAAAUGGUACAGUUUCGAUCUCCCUUGUAUCGAAACAUCGAAUUGGUUUGUUGCUUCCUCUUGUGGAUUGGUUUGUUUCAUGGACAAUGAUUGCAGAAACAAGAUUUAUGUCUCAAAUCCAAUUACCAAACAAUGGAGGAGGCUUAUUGAACCUCCCGGUCACAGAUCGACAGAUUACACGGCAAUGUCUACCUCCGUGAACCGAGCUAACCAAUCAAACAGAGCAGUAACACGUGGAAACCGGACUUACUCAGUCUCGAUAGUGAAAUCAAAGCAAGUUCCCGGGAAUUUCUUCCAAUGGGAUAUCUCUAUUCAUCUCUACAGCUCUGAAACAAUGACUUGGACAACAUCAGUAAACGAUGUCUUAUCCGGAUGGAGAGGAGGAAACGAGAGUGUGAUCUGCAACAAUGUUCUUUACUUCAUGAUUUACUCCACGGGAGGCUCAGAUCAUCGCCACGGCUUGAUUGCUUCCAAUCUAUCCUCGAUUGGAUCAUCUUCAAGCGGCAUCUUGAUGAGGAGUUUCAUUCCAAUGCCGUGUUCUUUAACCUGCGGAAGAUUGAUGAAUCUAAGAGAGAGGCUUGUGAUCGUUGGAGGAAUCGGGAAACACGAUCGACCAGAGGUUAUAAAAGGAAUUGGGAUUUGGGUUCUGAAAGGGAAAGAAUGGGUAGAAAUGGCGAAAAUGCCUCAAAGAUUCUUCCAAGGUUUUGGUGAAUUCGACGAGGUUUUCGCGAGUAGUGGCACCGAUGAUUUGGUUUACAUUCAAAGCUAUGGAUCUCCCGCGCUUCUGACGUUCGACAUGAAUCUCAAGUACUGGAGAUGGUCUCAAAAAUGUCCUGUUACUAAGAAGUUCCCUCUUCAGCUCUUUACUGGGUUUUGCUUCGAACCAAGACUCGAGAUUGCUCCAUAGUUGCAAUGAAGAAGCAAAUGGUCUGCGAAAGUCUUGGUCUUUUGGGUUUCUUGUUUCUCUCUACUGGAUUGUUUUUGCACAGAGAAAUCGCCGGCGGUUUGAUGAAGAUGAUACGGUAAUGUUUUUAAUUUUUGGAAAUGUUUUAUUUGCAACUUGGUACUCUAUUAAUUAUAAAUUUAUAAAAUGAGC